AAGGCCGGUAGUCUCGCUCUCACUCCCCUUUCUCCUGGCCAUUUCGUCGAACAGAUACGGCGGUCGCGAUUCUCUAUCUAUCAGGUAUGUUGCGAUCCGUGGCGGCUCGUCGUCUACUUACCCACUUCGUUUCCCCGGGCCGCUCCGCCGCGGCGCCGGCCUUUCGCCGCCUCUCAACGCCGGCCUCUCCUCAGCCGAAUCAGCCUCAUACCUCCUCCGAACAGCCGCAAGGAGAACACCCAAAUCCAACACCAGGGGCAUCGGCGUCGUCGAGAGCCACGGGAGAGGAUGGCGAGCCCCACCCACGGAGGGGCGGCGCCAGACCACGAGCAAGAGCGGACUAUGAGGAGGAGCAGGCCCGGGUCCUCCGCGCUGCCCUUCCUCACGUGGUGAGGUUUGGAUGGAGCGAAUCCGCGAUGAUUGCUGGGGCAAGGGAUGUGGGCAUCUCCCCUUCUAUUGUCGGUUCUUUUCCUCGUAAAGAAGCGGCUCUUGUGGAGUUUUUCAUGGAUGACUGCCUUCAAAGACUUAUUGAUAGAAUUGAUUCUGGAGAGGAGCUGAAGGAUUUAAUACUUAGUGACCGCCUUUCAAAGCUUAUCCGCAUCCGGUUAGAGAUGCAAGCACCUUAUAUAUCAAAAUGGCCUCAAGCACUGAGCAUCCAGGCGCAACCAAUGAACCUCCCGACAAGUUUUAAGCAGCGGGCAUUACUGGUUGAUGAGAUAUGGCAUGCUGCUGGGGACAGCUGCUUAUUUAGCUGAGGCAGUUGCGGCAGGCAUGGGAAACUCAGUCCAGGGAGUCAUGAGGAGGCUGUUCCAGGGUUAAAAGGUGCUAAAUCACGUAUUGUAAAUUCUAUUAGCAAUGCUUUGGGUUCGCAUUGCUUUAGUUCGUCCUGUUUAUCGAGGUAUCGAUAUUGGUUUUUCAUUGCUUUAGUCUGUCCUCUUUGUUAAAUAAAGAAUUUUCGAGCACUCGGAUACUGAAAAUUUGUAAAUUUUCAUGUGAUGCAUUUGAGUGGUUUCUGAAAGUAGGCAAAACAAUGAUGAACAUAAACGGUAGUCUGCUUGUACACUUGCAGGAUUUGGGUGCAGCUGGUUUGAUAUAUUUGUUGGUAGCACCAGUCGAAUGGUAUUGAGACCUGAAAAGCACAAUUAAGAUACAAA